AUGGGGGCUCACAACCUCAUGAACUUUUUCAGCUAUGGCUAUUUGCUCUUUAGUGAUAUCCCUAUUCUGCCAUCUGAGCAUGUGAAUGCCAAGAUUCAUCUGGCUUUCUACCCUUCAACUCCCACUGUGUCUAAACUAGAGAUAUCUUUAAAAGUAAAACAAGAGAGAGUACAAAUGCCAGAAGAUCUCAUUCACGUGGAAAAUAAAGAAACAAAACAAGGGAAUGGAUUGUCUAGUGAAAACAAACUGUUGGCACACUCUUCCUACAGAAAUAAUCUUAGUGAUACAUUGAAAAGGCUGAAGAUAACUGCUGUUGACAGAACUGAGGAUAAUUUAGAAGGAUGCUUGGAUUGUCUUCUUCAAGCCCUGGCUCAAAAUAAUAUGGAGACAAGUGAAAAAAUUCAAGGAAGUGGAAUACUUCAACUAUUUGCAAGUCUGUUGAUUCCACAGUCUUCCUGCACUGUCAAAGUAGCUAACAUCAUAGCAGAAAUAGCCAAAAAUGAAUUUAUGCGAAUUCCCUGUGUGGAUGCUGGAUUGAUUUCACCCCUGGUGCAACUGCUGAAUAGUAAAGAUCAGGAAGUGCUGCUUCAAACUGGCAGGGCUCUAGGAAACAUAUGUUAUGAUAGCCAUGAGGGCAGAAGUGCAGUUGAUCAAGCAGGUGGUGCACAGAUUGUAAUUGAUCAUUUAAGGUCACUGUGCAGUAGAACAGAUCCCGCCAAUGAGAAGCUCUUGACUGUCUUUUGUGGCAUGCUGAUGAACUAUAGCAAUGAGAAUGAUUCCCUUCAAGCUCAGCUUAUCAAUAUGGGUGUUAUUCCUACCUUAGUGAAAUUACUGGGCAUCCACUGUCAAAAUACAUCUCUUACCGAAAUGUGUCUUGUUGCAUUUGGCAAUUUAGCAGAACUUGAGUCAAGUAAAGAACAGUUUGCCAGUACAAAUAUUGCUGAAGAGCUGGUAAAACUUUUCAAGAAACAAAUAGAACAUGAGAAGAGAGAAAUGAUUUUUGAAGUUCUGGCUCCAUUGGCAGAAAAUGAUGCUAUUAAACUACAGCUAGUUGAAGCUGGACUGGUAGAAUGUCUACUAGAAAUUGUUCAACAGAAAGUAGACAGUGACAAAGAAGAUGAUGUUGCUGAGCUGAAAACUGCUUCUGAUCUAAUGGUUUUAUUACUUCUCGGAGAUGAAUCCAUGCAGAAAUUAUUUGAAGGAGGAAAAGGUAAUGUGUUUCAAAAGGUCUUAUCCUGGAUUCCAUCAAAUAACUACCAAUUACAACUUGCUGGUGCAUUGGCAAUUGCGAAUUUUGCCAGAAAUGAUGGAAAUUGUAUCCAUAUGGUAGACAAUGGAAUUGUUGAAAAACUUAUGGAUUUACUGGACAGACAUGUAGAAGAUGGAAAUGUAACAGUACAGCAUGCAGCACUGAGUGCCCUCAGAAACCUUGCCAUUCCAGUUGUAAAUAAAUCAAAAAUGUUAUCAGUUGGAGUCACAGAGGCAGUUUUAAAAUUCCUUAAAUCUGAAAUGCCACCAGUUCAGUUCAAACUUCUGGGAACAUUAAGAAUGUUAAUAGAUGCACAAGCAGAAGCUGCUGAACAACUGGGAAAGAAUGUUAAAUUAGUGGAACGUUUGGUGGAAUGGUGUGAAGCUAAAGAUCAUGCUGGUGUGAUGGGGGAGUCAAAUAGACUACUCUCUGCCCUUAUUCGCCAUAGUAAAUCAAAAGAUGUAAUUAAAACCAUUGUACAGAGCUGUGGUAUUAAGCAUCUGGUGACCAUGGCAACUAGUGAACAUGUCAUAAUGCAGAAUGAAGCCCUUGUUGCUUUGGCACUAAUAGCCGCUUUAGAAUUGGGCACAGCCGAGAAAGACCUAGAAAGUACAAAACUCGUACAGAUUUUACAUAAGUUGCUAGCAGAUGAUGGAAGUGCUCCUGAAAUAAAAUAUAAUUCCAUGGUCCUAAUCUGUGCUCUCAUGGGAUCUGAAUCUCUACACAAGGAAGUACAGGAUUUGGCCUUUCUAGAUGUUGUUUCUAAACUUCGCAGUCAUGAAAACAAAAAUGUAGCCCAACAGGCCUCUCUCACAGAGCAGAGACUUACUGUGGAAAGCUGAGAAUCUCCUUCUCUGGUACCGGGCACUCUCACUUCUCUGAUUUCCUCAGUGAUCUCCAUCCAGCUGCCUCUUCUGCUUCAUUCAUACUGUAUCACUUGCGCAUGCAUGUAAUAUUCCUCUGCAGUUAAAGAAUCGCUGUUACUACCUGCUCAAUAAGAUUUAUAAAUCUAUAGUUACUGUGACAUGAUUGUCAGAAACAAGUUUUCACACCUAACUGUUCUCUUAUAUUUCUCUUGCCUGAGCUCUGUUGAGUAGAAUGUGCAUGUUGUAGUCCUAUAAUGAUGUAAUCUUGGUACUACAUAAUGAUUUAUUCUCACACUUGGUAAACUACAUAUUAAUGUGCAGUUAAAUUAGAAGCAAACAAGAAUGUAGGAGGAUCUUUUUAGUAUUUUAAGAUGGAAUUGAAUAGUAAAAAUAGUUUAAUUUUUUUGAUGCUUGAAAAAGCACAUUGACCCAAAGCUGUAUGGCUGCUUAUACAUUUAACCUUAUCUACACUAAUAUCAAACCCAUGGUAUCUAGAGUUAAAUAAAAUACACUGCUUUCACCCUUUACACUAUGAUUUCUUUUUCUUAACUAUUUAAAUUAUUGGCAAGGCCUGAGAUUUUUUUGUUUCAUAUUUAACAAUUGUUAUUUGCUAAUGUUGAAAACAUGUACUUUUUUCAUUGUGCAUUUUAAAGGUUGGAAGAAUCUAUGCCACUCAUUUCAUCUUAUAUUUUGCCUGUUAGGACAUAAAAGAAAUCUUAAAAAUGGAAGGAAAUUGAUUUUAAGAGCCAUGGUUUCAUGAAUAAUAAGAUGGGUUGUUUUAAUAACUGUUAAGUCUAUCACCUCCAUUUUUCAUAGAGAUCUGCAAUAUUUUUAAAGGUGAUCAAAAAAGUAGUAACACCAAGGUUUAAGAUGAGAUGACCUCCCUUGGCAAAAUAGUGUCGAAAAGGUCUCUAGGGUGUUCUAAAAAAUGUUUGUAAAUCAACCAAAAUAUACUUCUGACCCAUUCACCUACCUGUUCCCACAUUUGACAAAUAUGGGUGAAAAGGUAAAUUUUAGCAUGACAUGCCAUACCUCAAUGGAGUGUUUCUAGGCUGGACUUUGACUCUCAAGCAACUAUAAGACAAUUGAAAACAGUACAGAGAACCUUUUUAAUGUUCUCCUUUAUGAUGAAGAAUGGUACUACUAUUGUGACUUUUAUGCUUUAUUUACUAUAAGAAUGAUGCUUGUUUUCUGUGGUGGAGAGUAGACUUAUUACAGGUUUUCAAAGAUAUCUGUAUAGGUCACUAAUUAAGCUGCCCAAGUUUAAUGACAAAUAAAAAUAGUAUAUCAAAUAAUAAUAA